ACCUCACUUUGUUUCUUUUGUUUCUAUUUUCCUGAAAACACAAAACCCAUUUCACUUCUCAUCAACCAAAACCCCUUUUUUAAUUGAAGGAAACUAGUAAAGAAUGAAAAGAAUGUCCCUUUGUUCCUCCUUUAAUGCAUCCACCCUCCAUUCUGCACAGCCCCAAAUCUACAAAACUCGGUUCUCCUCUCAGUUCAUCAGACAAUUUCAGGUAAAUUCAAUAUCUUACGCUUUAGCAUCUUCAUCUCAGAACAUAUCAAAGCCCUUGGAGAUUUGGAGACAGAGAUUCAAACCCAUUACAGCUUCAGCAACAAACAGUGUUGAAACCACUAAAGCAUCAUCCUUUAGAAGCAAAAACCCAAAAGAUAUUAACAUUCUGGUGGCGGGUUCAACUGGGUAUAUUGGAAAAUUUGUAGUUAAGGAGCUGGUUGAUAGGGGGUUCAAUGUUAUAGCCAUUGCAAGGGAGAGGAGUGGAAUCAGGGGUAGGAAUAGUAAAGAAGAUACCUUGAAUGAAUUGCAGGGAGCCAAUGUGUUUUUCUCAGAUGUUACCGAUUUGGGUACUUUGGAGAAAUCUUUGCAGGAAUUAGAUUUAUCAUUUGAUGUUGUUUUGUCUUGUCUUGCUAGCCGGACUGGUGGUGUUAAGGAUUCCUGGAAAAUUGACUAUGAGGCAACAAAGAAUAGUCUUAUUGCUGGUAAGAAAUUAGGGGCAUCACAUUUUGUGUUACUUUCUGCUAUAUGUGUGCAAAAGCCCCUUCUUGAAUUUCAGCGGGCAAAGCUGAAAUUUGAAGCUGAAUUGAUGAAAGCAGCUGAAUUAGAUAAUGGAUUCACCUAUAGCAUUGUGAGGCCAACUGCAUUCUUUAAGAGCUUGGGGGGUCAAGUUGAGUUGGUGAAAGAGGGGAAGCCUUAUGUGAUGUUUGGUGAUGGGAAGUUAUGUGCUUGUAAGCCAAUUAGUGAGCAGGAUUUGGCUUCGUUUAUUGCAGAUUGUGUGUUGAGUGAGGAUAAGAUUAACCAAUUAUUGCCAAUAGGUGGCCCAGGGAAGGCAUUGACACCAUUGGAGCAAGGGGAGAUAUUGUUUAAACUUCUAGGGAAGGAACCAAAGUUCCUGAAAGUGCCAAUUGGGAUAAUGGAUUUUGCCAUUGGGAUACUUGAUUUCCUUGUCAAGAUAUUCCCUGCAAUGGAAGAUGCAGCUGAGUUUGGAAAAAUCGGAAGGUAUUAUGCAGCUGAGAGUAUGUUGGUUUUGGAUCCUGAGACUGGUGAGUACAGUGCUGAGAAAACACCUAGCUAUGGAAAGGACACCCUAGAAGAAUUCUUUGAGAGAGUGCUGAGGGAGGGCAUGGCUGGUCAGGAAUUGGGAGAGCAAACAAUCUUCUGAAAGUUAUCCUCUGAUUUAAGAUUGUAAAUCAAAUUGUUCUUUUCGACCAGCCAGUUUUGUGAUACGGCUUAUUAAAGGUAUCAAUUUUGCUAACUUGAAAGGCAUCCAGCCAUUGUAUGAGUUGAAAUCUACAUGCUUCUUGUAAAUCUCAUUUACGAAAUUAUUAAUUUAGUCCCUGGUGAACAGCUUGGUGCGACAAGCUAGUUCAUUUUUCAUACAUAAUUGUACCUGUUGUAGAAGUCAUGUAUGCUAAGGUGCAAAAAGUUCCUAAAA